AUGCCCUCGUCAUCAGAACGGUCAAUUCUCGUUACGGGAUGCUCACCAGGUGGUGUCGGCCAUGCUCUCGCCCUUGAGUUUGCCUCCCACAAUCUCCGCGUUUUCGCCACCGCUCGAUCCACUAAAUCCCUCUCGAGCCUAGAAGAGAAAGGUAUUGAGACGUUUGCGCUCGACGUCACCAAUUUGGAGAGCAUCACAGCACUGAAGGACGAGAUUGCGAAGCGGACUGGCGGAAAAUUAGAUAUACUAUUCAACAAUGCUGGCACAAUGUACGAAGCUCCCGCAAUCGAAGCCGAUCCCGCUCGCGUACGGAGCAUGUUCGACGCCAACGUCUUCGGCCUCUUUGAUAUGGUUUCGGCCUUUACUCCUCUUCUUUUAGCCUCUACCACGAACAGUACCCCCAACCCACCGCUCAUUAUUAACACUUCAUCAGUACUUGCACGUCUACCUUUCGUGUUUUCUGCCGCAUAUAAUGCCUCCAAAGCAGCCGUGGCCUCUUACAGCGAUACUCUACGGAUCGAACUGAGCCCUCUUGGCAUCAAAGUUGUUACAAUUUUUAUGGGUGAAGUCGCAACAAACCUCAUGUCUCCUGACAAUAUCGCUUUCCGCUCUGGAAGCCUCUAUAUCGGUGCUUUAGAGGGGACCAAGGAGCGAAGCCGAAACCAUGUCAAAGCCAGUAUGAAGGCAGAGGAUUUUGCCAGACAAGUCGUGCAACAAAUCCUGGUGAAAACCCCUGGCUGUGCGCAGGGUGAGUACAUUUGGAAAGGCACUAAUGCUUGGUUGGUUUGGUUUUUGAAUGCGGUGGGAUGGAGAAAGAUCUUUGACCCUACUGUGAAAAAGAUGGUCGGGCUGGAUAAAGCGGAAGUCUGGAAGUCCAUUUCUGACAAGGGGCAGUCACUGGCAAAGUAA